AACUAAGGCCCAUUGUCUUCCCAUUCUUUGAAAAAUGCACAUUCUUGCAUAUCAAAUAUGUAGUAUCUUAAAGAUGUGAGAACUGAAAAAGCAUAAGUAAUUCAUCUUUAAAAAGAAUCAAACGAGGCCAUUAAAUGAGUUACUCAUCACAUUAGAACAUCUUUGAGUGACACAUUUCAUAUUUUUCCUAUUCUGCAGGGAUUGUUUGGAGCAAAGGUAUGUUUUGUUUUUUUGUUUUUUUCGUUCUAAAAUUAGAAGCUAUGAGCGUUUAAAGUAUUCAUCAAGAUAAAUGUCCUUGUACAGAUGGGCACUAAGUGAAAAUGUUGUAUCGCUAAAAUAGAAAAUCCAUUAAAAUUGAAAAUUGCUUUUAAUAUUUUGGGAUUUUUGAUAUUUCUGUUUGCUGGAUAAUGUUUAAUGUUUAGAUUGUUCAGAUUCAAUGCAUUUCAGUCUGGACAGGAGGCUAUAUAUAGAACAGUGCCCUAUCUAUAUAGCAGUGUGAGUCAGUGAGUGAGUGAAAGUAAGAAUAUGUUGGUUUUUUUUACAUUUUGUAUUCUAUAUUUUUUAAGAAUCUGUAAAAGAAAUUACUACAUAUUCUUUUUUCACCCAGAAACCAUAGGAAGGUGAAAUUUUGAACUCCAUGUAUAUGUAUAUGUAUAUGUAUAUGCAUAAUGGCAAUAAAGACUGUCCAUAUGUACUUGCAGGGCUUGAAGGGUUUUCAGGGAGCUUCUGGGCCAGCUGGAAAGAGGGGCCUUCCAGGACCACCUGGACCCCCAGGACCUCCAGGCCUCUCUAUGAACUUGACUAUGACCCAAAUUAAAGCGAGUCACUUCUUAUUGCUUAAUAUAAAUAUUACGUAGGUUAAUGGUGGGAUCAGACAGGCAGAACACAUUUUGGCUGCCUUAAAUGAAUUUAAGGUUUAAAGAAUGAAAAUAAUGAUUCGUUUCGAAUUAAAAGUAUUCGAAAAAAAAAAUUUCGAAUUAAAAUAAUUAUUCGUUUAAAACCUUAAAAGAAUUUAAGGGUUUUUUUUUUUUUACACGAAAAAAUAAGAUUCAUUUCCCAGAAACAAGGCUUUUUUACUUUCUUGGAAUUCCUUUUUUUGCAGUGUGACUGUUUUAACAGCGUGAUGAAUUUUCUUCCCAACAGGAUCUGAUGUAUGUCUCAGACAAGCCCAACUACUCACUCAUCCAGGUGCUCUUGGAUUCUCUGUACCGUGACGUGAGGUUGUUGCUCGAUCCUCCUGAUGGCAGUAAAGAGCGUCCAGCUUCCACCUGCCUGGAACUGUGGCUGUGCCACCCCAACUACACCAGUGGGUUCUAUUAUAUCGACCCGAAUCAGGGCAGCCCUGCAGAUGCUCUUUUGGCUUACUGCAACUUUUCUGAGCCACGGGCAGAGACUUGUCUUCACCCCAAAACUGCACAGCUGCCCAUGAGAGCAUGGUUGAAUGACUCCGUAGCAGAUAAUGCUUUCUACUGGCUCAGUUCCCUUGAGAGCGGUUUUACGUUUGAAUACACAGGGCUCACAGUGAUCCAGGCCCGUUUUCUGAGACUUCAGACCAACCUGGCAGAGCAGAGAGUGACCUACUCCUGCUCUCCCGGACACAGACUGGGACAGACACAGCGACACGCACGCUUUCUCACCAGUUCAAUACGGCAGAGCUACCAGGGGGCCCUUCCGGAUUGUGUGCCUGCCAAGGAAGUGGAUCCUGGGCCACGAGAGUCUGUGCUUCAGUUUGUGGAUAAAGACCUGCUGCCUCUGCGGGACGUCGCAGUGUUUUCCAGCAGCAGCCUUUCACAUGAGUUUGGCUUCACUCUGGGGCCGGUGUGUUUCAGCUAGAGCGUGAACGAGAGAGAUUGCUUUAACGGGUAUAAGCUCACACACAAACGGCAGCGGAAGAAGAAAGAGGUAAACUGUACUACAUGAGGAUGAAAGGAAGGCCUGUGGGUUGUACCUCAUGUCCUUUACAAUCCUCAUUACACGUUAAAGACACUUUAAGAGCUCACAUUUUUACUGGUGCACUUCAACAAACGACCCAUCGUUUUUUGUUUACACACAUUAGCGUUUUGUAAAUUAUACAUAUAUUUUUGGACUGUGUUUUGGGUUUUUUGGGGUUUUUUAUUUUUUUAAAUUGCAUUUCAGUAAUGUGGGAAGUCAAGCGCAUGACAGAGUGUUCAUGUAACCACUAUGUGGCUGCACGGUGUUUAACUGAAGAACCAGAAAAUGUUUCCAAAUGAUAUAUACACUUAUGAUUCAUCUGGAUUAGUAUCAUUAUAUAUAAUCAUUUUUUUCCAAGCUUUCCUAUUUGAAAUAGAAGCUUUUAUAGUAAAACAAUGUGUUUGGAAGAGAACGCAGCUUUGACUUGAUUUGAACUGUCUAUAAGACACAUGAAACAGUUUGAAAUGAUUUCCCCUUUAUAGUGCUCAACAUUAUGUCUUAUGGUUUUAGAGCUAAUUGUGAUUUUUGCAGCUCAGUGUUAACCUUAUCGCUGUCAAGUCGUCAUGUUUGAAUAGGUUUUCAUUUCUCAGGUGCUAACGUAAUAUAACAGGGAAAUGGAACGGCUAUGCCAUGGUUCAUGCUGUGUUUGUUACAGAUACAUAACAUGGCGUAAAGGAUAAAGCAUGACACGGUGUGGAAAAUAAUCAACAGUUGAGGGGGGGGAAAGUGCACAUAAUGAAGUGUUUUACUCCUCUUAUACCACAGCACUUUGCCAAUGCUAAAAAUAUUUAUUUAUUAAAGAAUGACACACCAUACUUUUUAUUGAUUAUAUACACUACCGGUCAAAAGUUUGGAGACGUUCGACUGAAAUGUUUCUCAUGAUCUUAAAAACCUUUUGAUCUGAAGGUGUAUGAUUAAAUGUUUGAAAUCGACAAAAAUAGGAUUGUGCCGACAUAUUCAUUUCUUUCAUUCGAAAACUAACGUUUUAUUUACAAAAAAAAAUCAUUUUUAAACGGAUGCCUCUGAGCGAAAUAUUCCGAAAAGCAGCCAAUAAGAGUCCAGUGUCGGUGUGAACUCCUUUAAUACUGUUUAAAAAGCAUCUCAGGGGGAAUCCUCAAGAAAUCGGUUGAGAAAACGCCAAGAAUACAUUUCUGGAAAUUCUAGGCAAAAAGCGUGUCUACUUUGAAGAUGCUAAAAUAUUAAAUUAUUUUGAUUUAUUAUUAUUAUUUUUUUUAAAUCACAACAUAAUUCCCAUAGUUCCAUUUGUGUUACUCCAGAGUUUUAUUAUUAUUCUAAAAUGUGCGUGUUUAUAUGAACGUAAAUAAAUAAAUAAUGAGUGCGUCUAAACUUUUGAUCGGUAGUGUAGUUGCAUUUAUGUUUUGGUAUGUCCACAGGGCGAGUUAGUUCCUGUUAUUACUUACGUUGUAGCAGCUAUAAACAGUCGUUCCCUGUUUGAGAUGUUACUAUAGAAACAAUAACGUACAGCCGGAACUAUUAUCUGAGCCUUGCUGUUAUAGGAAGAUCAUGCACACCUUCUAAUUAAUCUGAAAUUCUGCGGGAUAAAGAAAAUGAAUCAACACCUUCUGACCAAACCGAAUCAAGCAUUCAACAGUGCUGUGGUGUAAUACAAUUUAACACACGACUAAAUAUUUUAUUGUACUGUAACACAGAUAAAAGAAAGAAAGACUCGCUCAUGAUUUGUGUUUUGGUCUUUCGUGAAAAAAAAAAAAUCUGUCUUUACUGAAAACAACAGAAAUUCUGGCACUUCAUUCAUUCUUUUACAGUUUUAGAUAACGUAAAUCUCUUGGUUAGUAAAUAUCUAUAUCAGCAGUAAUUAUAUGUAGGCCUCAGGUAGCACGUGGCAAGGCAUGUUUCUGAAAAUAUGGUUGUGUGCUUUCUUUAUUUGAGAGAUUUCUUUAGUGUCAUUGGAGAACUCAUUAUAAUCUCCAGGAGAGUCACACUUACCAAAAAAGCAAUGUCACCAUACAUACACUUGCAUACUAUAAUCAUUAUAACUUAUUUGGCUGAAUUAAACAAAGAUGCCUUGGACACUAUUUUUUUUUUGGUAAUAAAUAUUUUCUUUGUAAUAAGUGGUGACAUUUUAAGUCAUAUGCUGGUCAUCUGCUCUCAAUAUAUGAUUCUGGAAGAACAACUGACAUGUAUUCCUUUGUAAUUUUUUUUGGUUGUUUUUGUAUGUUUUGUGU